AUGAUUUCUUUAACCACACGAACGUUACGCUUGUUCUAUAAAUCUCAAAACCCGAAUUUUAGAAGAAAGGAUAGCCUUUUUUCAACAACUUGUUCUCGUUUUCAUGCUGAAAAUAAUAAAGUCUUAUUUGGCUGGGGUGAUCUAGGGUCUUUAUAUUCGGAAAAUACUAUUAAUAAAAAUGAAAGGGGCGACGAUAUUUACAUGUUUAAAACACCGAAAAUUUUAGAAAUUGAACAAAUUGUAGGAUCAGAGUUAUCAAAUUCGAUAGAGAAAGAGAAGCUUAAAGUUGCAAAAAUUUCAGCGGGAUGGGGACACUCAUUAAUAGCAUUCAAGCGCGGAGAAAAAAAUUUUGUUUUCUCGAUGGGAUUGAAUAAUUCGGGGCAAUUAGGACACGGAAAAAUAGCCAAAAAAGGAUAUCAUAAAGGACUCGUGAAAGGGUUACCUGAAAAUCAAGAAAUUAAUAUGCUGGCGUGUGGUCGAUUACAUUCUUUUGUUUUAACGUCUAAUAAUGCAACAACAAAAACAGAAUUAUAUGGAUUUGGAGAUUGUAUGUAUGGACAGCUCGGUACUGGAAAAGAUAAAAAAAACUCUCCUCUUCCAAUAAUGGCGGUCGCUUGUGAGCCAUUACCACGUCAUAUUGACACUUUUGCAGAACAUGAGAGCGUCAAACAAGUGACAUGUGGUUUAGAUCAUACAGUUAUUCUAACAAAUGAGAAUAGGUUAUACUCAAUGGGAUGGGGAGCAGACGGUCAACUAGGCCUCGGCAACGACAGCACCACAGAUAAAUCUGUUCCUUCGGCAAUAACUAAACCACUUAAUAAGGAUGGACAUCAAGAACGAAUACGGAAAAUUGUUUCCUCGACAGAUUUUACAAUGGUUUUGUUAGAAAAUGGAACUUUAUGGACCUGGGGAAAUUCAGAGUAUGGACAAUGCAUGUCUGGAGCUAAAGUUGAUCGGAUCUUAGAACCGAUGCAAGUUCCAACAAAAGACCGUAUUGUCGAUGUGGCAAGUGGAGGACUCGGCGACUCGCAUAUUGAGCGACUUACACCUGCUCGUAUUCCGUAUUUUGGUGAAAAACAAGAGUCUAAAGAAAAAGUCGGUGAAAAUAUUGUGGCGAUUUUUUGUGGGCUUGAUUAUGCAGCUGCUAUUUCUGAAUCAAGAAACCUCUAUACAUGGGGAUUCGAUGGCACGCUAGGGCUCUUGGGACAUGAAAGUUAUCACAUAAAACAUCAAUUCAUCCCAAAAAAAGUAGAGUUUCCUGAACCUGUUAAUGUUGAAACUUUGGCUUGUGGCGGACGUAAUGUAUUGGCAUUAUGUAGUCCUAGAUGA